CUCUCUCUCUCUCUCUCUCUCUCUCUCUCUAGUUCUUCGUGUUCUUGUUGCGUUUCUCUCUGUUUCUUCCUUGUCUUUUACGUAUUCUCUUGCCCCCAUGGACGAUUCUUGCUUCUUUACAUUGUUUUUGUCUUCUGGGUAUUCCUGUUUCAUCCUCCCAAUAGAUUUUCCCCUGGUGGGUAUUGGGGAAAUCGUUUGUUUCUUGAAUCCCUUCCUCAUAUUGAUUUGAUUCUUUGAUGGGUUUCUUUGGAUUCUUGUGAUUUUGUUUCUGUUCAAUGAUUUAAGGAUCUGUUCAUCUGGGUUGCUCUUGUUCUGGAUGAUUUUUAUGGCAUUUCCUUCUUUUAGACUGUUUCUUCAUGGAUUCUCUGUAAUGAACAAGUUAUUUUCAAUGUUCAUCGCCCAUUUCUUGUCUGAUUUGGAAUGUACAGGUUAGGGUUUCUUAAGCUGUUCUUAUCUAGUUUUGGUUUAGAAUUCUGGGUUGUGUUCUUAUUUUCCUUUAAGAACUUACUGAUUUGAGGCCUUUGUGUAUUUGUUAUAUUCAUCAACGUUGUGUAUAAGUAUGAACUAUUGAUUUAUUGCAUUUGUUUUGUUUCUCAAGGGUCUUGGUCCAAACUUCAACAGCUUGGGGUUGUCAUUUGGUGCCUUGAUCUUAUCAAAAGACUAGCAAAUAAGCUAGACCCUGCCGUCAAGAAUGAUAUAUAGAAACUAGAGUUGAUAUCAAUCCAUGAUAAGAUCUUGUGAUGGGGUCUAUGAACAUGGAGAGGAAAUGGAUGUUUCCUCUCGUGUUAAGCUCUCUCAUGUUCAUAUUUCUUCUUGUCACCUUAUUCAACCUUGGUCUUGUCUCCUCACUUUACACAAUCAAUUCAUUUUUCGCAAUCUUUCCCGCUCAAAUGAAGACUAUAAACAACACGGGUGCCGUUUUUGCUGAAUCAAAGAUCGUUCAACCUUCACCUCUUAACGAACCAACGAUCCCUCGUUUUGCUUAUUUGAUUUCUGGAUCAAAGGGUGACUUGGAAAAGCUAUGGAGACUCCUUAAAGCAUUGUAUCACCCUUUGAAUCAAUAUGUUGUCCACUUAGACCUCGAGUCACCGGCGGAGGAACGUUUGGAAUUGGCCUCCCGGGUCAGUAACGAGUCGCUUUUUGUUGAAGUUCAGAAUGUUUUCAUGAUCAGCAAGGCUAAUAUGGUUACUUAUAGAGGACCCACCAUGGUGGCUAAUACUCUUCAUGCUUGUGCCAUCCUUCUUAAGAGGAGUAGGGACUGGGAUUGGUUCAUCAACCUCAGUGCUUCUGAUUAUCCUCUUGUGACUCAAGAUGAUCUUCUCUAUACGUUCAAAAAUUUGGAUCGAAGCUUAAAUUUUCUUGAGCAUACAAGCCAGUUGGGGUGGAAAGAGGAAAAACGAGCAAUGCCGUUAAUCGUAGAUCCCGGUCUGUAUUCGAAGACCAAAUCAGAUAUUUUCGACGUCAAUCCAUCUCGAACUUUGCCUACAGCGUUUAAAUUGUUUACUGGUUCGGCAUGGAUGGUUCUAUCUCGUGCGUUCGUGGAAUACAUCAUUUGGGGUUGGGAUAAUCUUCCAAGGACUCUUCUCAUGUACUACAGUAAUUUUGUGUCCUCUCCUGAAGGUUAUUUUCACACUGUCAUGUGCAAUGUGCCCGAGUUUGCUACUACAGCAGUGAACCACGACUUACACUAUAUCUCUUGGGACAACCCCCCGAAACAGCAUCCACACACGCUAACUCUUAACGACACAGAGAAAAUAUUCACAAGCAAUGCUGCCUUUGCUCGGAAGUUCAAACAAGAUGAUCCCGUGCUAGAUCGAAUCGACAAGGAUUUGCUUGGUCGAAAGAAAGGAGACUUCACUCCUGGUGGUUGGUGUGCAGGCCACCCUAAGUGUUCGACAGUCGGUAACCCGAAUAAACUCAAACCAGGCCAAGGAGCUCAACGGCUUCAUCGUCUUAUAGCUAGACUGGUUUUGGCCAGUAGGUCUGGGGAAAACCAGUGUAAAUGAAUUUUGUACAAGUAAAACUCGAGAAGGCAGAAGCAGAGAAGGGGAGACAGCUAUCUCCCGGGUUCGUUCGAGCAUCAACUCGAAGAACGGUGCAUUGCUGAAGUACAGGGAGCAGAAUUAUACAGACCAUGGCUACAGCAAACAUUAUAAACUAAAGGUUAGCACCAAUAGUAGCAUUAAAUGCAUUUUUCCACAGGUUGGGAUAAGUAGAGCUUGAGCUCUACUGUUUAUGUAAAAACUUUAUCCCAUACUCCCUUUCUAUACAUGCUUCAUUUUUUUCCCCUUUAUAGUAUAUGCUUUCUUAUUUAGAUAUUGCAAGUCAGUUGAUUGUCCAAACUGCCCUUGUAUUUUGAAUGGGAAACGAAUCGAAUAAUUGAAUUGGACACUUUAUGGUCA